AUGAGCGCUCGCACUGCCGGCAAGGCCCGCAGUAACGCCACUGCUGUAGACAAGGAAAAGCCAUGGGCGUCCGGUCGUGUCCUGACGGCAGAGCAGCGAGCGCGGAAACAGGAAGCCGAUAGGAAGGCCAACCGCUUCUUGAAGAAAGAAGUCCAGGACCGACUUGCCUUGCUGGAAGCACGCGUGCUAGAGCUGGAGGGGAAACCACCAACGUCCAAUCUAGAGCGUCCUGCUGAUGUCUUUGCACCCAACAUAGUGGAUCCUGGCCAACAUGGCGUGCAAGGUCCUGGUCGAGUUGUCGAGAACUACGCAGACCCCAGCAAUGCGCAAGCCGCACUACUGGAGUCCUCCUCGGUACACUCACAUCCCGACAGCUUCUUUGCGAAUGGCGACACUGCAAAUGCCAGCCAGAUCUUCAACGGCGCAAACGCCAUGAUGCCAGGAGACAUGAACGAAGACUCCCAACGUGUGGUACAGCCAGACUUUUCGGAUGUGGGUACUACCGCGCGAACUCGACCAUCGGGUCGACAUAUGACUUGCUUCUUGAACAAUCUCGUAAACUACAUUCGACAUCUGGCGCCGAAUUCCGUCUGCUUCGAUGACCAAUACAAUCAAGACCUCAUCGUCAGCGCAGUUGUCAAAGGCUGGGAGAUGACUCUCUAUCGAUAUCAACAGAAGUGUCCCUUAUGGGAUGUUUUACGGCUGGUGGAUAUCUAUCUCUUCAAGGACUGUAACAUGGUCGAAAGAAUCAGCAUACUCAGGAUGCUGCAUAAACGAUAUCUUUUCGAAGUUAACGCAAAUCUUCCAACUGCUGGACCACCACCUCCUUGGUUUAGACCACAAUUCUCGGAGAAAGUCUUUUUCCACGAUCCAGUCAUAGAUCAUCUUACUUGGCCUCGUCUCCGCGAUCGACUGGUCCAGUCAGAGAAAGACAGACUAACCAACAGGUUUUGGUCCAUCUACAUCAAGAACAUCCGGGUCACUUGGCGGCAUGAACCAUUCGACAUCAUGAGCUUCGACGGCGAUCGCCAGCUAUAUCGAUUGUCCCCAGCCUACGAGACUGCACUUUUGGACAUGAACAACUGGAAGAUGGAAAUGGACUUCUUCCGAGGUAUCCCUCAGCUCGCUGGAGAUGUACCGCCAUUCAACUAUAUGCCGUUGCGAAGUAUAGAGCCCAACUUCGGUGCUGUCCAGGGUCGGCGGCCGUCCCAGCGCAGCUUGUCGCCUAGGUUUGGGAUACAGGAGGAACUUCAAGGUCAGCACCAACCAGGGACGCUGACGGGAGAAGAUGAAUGGAUCACUGGAGUGUCGCCCACCGGCGUUCAAGAGAUGCCAGUGCAUACUGUCCCAGUAGAUACUGGCCAGAUCCAUAUGCCCAAGAUGUCCCCGAACGGCGUCAACGGCGUCUGGCAGGACUUUUACUCAUGA